AUGCGCCAGCCAGCUCGCCACAACAGCCGCCAGCCGCCAAAGGGACCGCCAGCAGUUAUAACGCCAGCGACACCGCCAGCAGAGACCCCCGCCAGCAGCGCAACCGCCAGCAGAGACCCCCGACAGCAGCGCAACCGCCAGCAGAGACCCCCGCCAGCAGCGCAACCGCCAGCAGAGACCCCCGCCAGCAGCGCAACCGCCAGCAGAGACCCCCGCCAGCAGCGCAACCGCCAGAAGAGACCCCCGCUAGCAGCGCCACCGCCAGCAGAGACCCCCGCCAGCAGCGCAACCGCCAGCAGAGACCCCCGCCAGCAGCGCAACCGCCGGCAGAGACUUUUGCCAGCGCCAGCCACAUGCUCUGCCGCCCGCCCCUCUAUCCCCCCCCCCCUCCACCGUCGUCUCCCCUCCCGCGGCUACUGCUGUGAAGAGGAGGUGGCGGGGACGGGGGGUUGGGGGGUUGGCCGCCGUGAGCAGAAGCAGCACAGCCGCCUCCUCCUCUCGCUCACUCCCGCGGGUGUGGAGGAAGGAAGGGGGGGAGGGGGUGCGGUCCAAGGGGGCGGCUGCUAUGGGGGGUGA